AUGCUUGGAGACCCCAAGAAUACCUACCUGCUGAUAACGGAGAAGGCCACCAACAAGGCCGUGGCAUUUGGGUGGUGGGCUCAUUCUAAAGGCCAGACAAAGGCCCAGUGGGCAGAAGGAUAUAAAAAUCGUUAUCACCCGCCGACUAUGAAUGGUGCUCUCAUGGAUGCUACAGGAGGAGCUCGUUAUUUAAAGCGAGCGGAGCUGCUUGGGGAGAAGGAGUUCUUCCAGCUGAAAGAACUAUAUGUUCGUCCGGAUUACCAGCGUCAGGGACUCGGAGGUCUACUAGUGGCAUUUGGUGUUCAUAAGGCAGACGAACUCGGCCUACCGGCUUAUACCGAGGCAACCCCUCAGAAGGGCUGGGAUUAUAUCUCAAGCAUGAAUUUCAGGAGGUUGAUCGGGUGA